AAAACAUAGGGAAGCUUUGCCAAGUAAUGAAGAAAUGGAAAAUACAAAAAAGUUUCUAGCUUUGACUGCUGCAUCAGAACAAACUGUUGAUCCUUCUCGCUGUAAGCAUGAAGACACAGUUUUCUCAGUGUUUCAUACUCAAGUACCUCCAGAAGAAUAUGAAAACCAAAUGCAGAAUGCCAAUCAAGAUUUUACCUGUGAUGUGGAAAGAAAUGAGUCAUUGAUCAAAGCAGAAAAGAACCCCCUCUCAAAUACAGAAAAGAUUGAGCUCAGGGGUAAACACAGCCAGGAUUUUAUUAAGAGAAACAUUGAGUUGGCCAAGAAUUCAGGGAAACCAGAGGUUAUGAUUGACAGAGAGAAGAAAAGGCUGGUUGAACUUCUGAAGGACUUAGAUGACCGAGAUUCGGGGCUGUCCAGUUCUGAGCAGAGGAAGGCAAGGAAGAAAACCGGAAAAGGGGAUCAUCAGUGUGAUCUGUCUGUCUGGCUGAUCCCAGGCGAAGGAUAUACACUGGCAGUCACCCAGCAUCAGCAGCUUGCUGAAAUAGAUACAAAACUCCAAGAAUUCUCUGCAGCCUCCCCAACAACGUUCAGCUUUUCUCCAGGACUUGGACAUCAGAAUGAUCAGGAACCUGACCUUAGUGAUGAUGGUAGAAAUAUGGAAAUAACUCCAGGGGAAAAGGUACUUCGAAACACCAAAGAGCAACGGGAUAUGCAAAAUCGGCUGAGAGAGAUAGAUGAAGAGUUGAGAAAGAUGAAGGAAAAUAGCUCUCCAAGAGUGUGCACCGAUCCUGACUGAGAUUCUUCGCCCCUCACGGUCACAUCCUUCUGAACUGCUCUUAGCAUUUGCCAGCCAUGAACAGCAGCCCCCACCUGGAGCCUCAGGAUAUCCAGGUCUGCUAAUGACAGCCAGGCAGCAGAUCUGCAGGGAAUAGAUGCGUUGUGCUUUGCUUUAUAAUUCAUUUUUAUUUACUUUUAUGGGAAAUUUAGUGGGGAUUAUAUUUC